CCUCCCGCCGCCGCCAUGUCGGUGGUGGGCAUCGACCUGGGCUUCCAGAGCUGCUACAUCGCCGUGGCCCGCGCCGGGGGCAUCGAGACGGUGGCCAACGAGUACAGCGACCGCUGCACCCCGGCUUGUGUUUCUUUUGGACCGAAGAAUCGUUCCAUUGGAGCUGCGGCUAAAAGCCAGGUUAUUUCAAAUGCAAAGAACACGGUGCAGGGGUUCAAAAGAUUUCAUGGCCGGGCAUUCUCAGAUCCCUUUGUCCAGGCUGAAAAGCCCAACCUUGCAUAUGAAGUGGUGCAGCUGCCGACAGGCUCAGCGGGGAUCAAGGUAACGUAUAUGGAGGAAGAGCGAAGUUUCACCACCGAGCAGGUGACUGGAAUGCUCUUGUCCAAACUAAAGGAAACUGCGGAAAGUGCGCUAAAGAAGCCGGUCGUUGACUGUGUUAUUUCAGUUCCUUGUUUCUAUACAGACGCAGAGAGAAGAUCAGUAUUGGAUGCCACACAGAUUGCUGGUCUCAACUGCCUGCGAUUAAUGAAUGAAACUACUGCAGUGGCCCUUGCUUAUGGAAUCUAUAAACAAGACCUACCUGCCCUAGAAGAGAAACCAAGAAAUGUAGUUUUUGUUGACAUGGGACAUUCUGCCUAUCAAGUUUCUGUGUGUGCAUUCAACAAAGGAAAACUGAAAGUCCUUGCCACUGCAUUUGAUUCAACCCUGGGUGGUAGGAAGUUUGAUGAGGUGUUAGUGAAUCACUUCUGUGAAGAAUUUGGAAAGAAGUACAAACUAGAUAUAAAGUCCAAAAUCCGGGCACUCUUACGACUCUCUCAGGAAUGUGAAAAACUAAAAAAAUUAAUGAGUGCUAAUGCCUCUGACCUCCCUAUGAACAUAGAAUGCUUCAUGAAUGAUGUUGAUGUAUCUGGAACUAUGAACAGGGGCAAGUUUCUGGAGAUGUGUGAUGGUCUCUUAGCUAGAGUGGAGCCACCGCUUCGCAGUGUUCUGGAACAAGCCAAGUUAAAGAAAGAGGAUAUUUAUGCUGUGGAGAUCGUCGGAGGUGGUACGAGAAUCCCCGCUGUAAAAGAGAAAAUCAGUAAAUUCUUUGGGAAAGAAAUCAGCACAACUUUGAAUGCAGAUGAAGCAGUCACCCGAGGCUGUGCGUUGCAGUGUGCCAUCUUGUCCCCUGCUUUCAAAGUGAGAGAGUUUUCCAUCACUGAUGUUGUGCCGUAUCCAAUAUCUCUAAGAUGGAAUUCUCCAGCAGAAGAAGGGUUAAGUGACUGUGAAGUCUUCCCUAAGAAUCAUGCAGCUCCUUUCUCUAAAGUCCUCACAUUCUACAGAAAAGAACCCUUCACUCUUGAAGCUUAUUACGGAUCUCCCAAGGAUUUGCCGUACCCAGAUCCUGCUAUAGCUCAGUUUUUGGUUCAGAAAGUGACUCCCCAAACGGAUGGAUCCAGUUCGAAAGUGAAAGUGAAAGUUCGUGUCAAUGUACAUGGUAUUUUCAGUGUGUCCAGUGCAGCCCUAGUGGAAGUUCAUAAGUCUGAUGAAAGUGAAGAACCCAUGGAAACUGAUCAACAUGCAAAGGAAGAAGAGAAGAUGCAAGUAGACCAGGAAGAGCAGAAACCUGAGGAGAACCAGCAGCAAACACCAACUGAAAAUAAAGUCGAGUCUGAAGAAAUGGAGACCUCCCAGGCUGGAACGAAAGACAAAAAAAUGGACCAACCACCUCAAGCCAAGAAGGCCAAAGUGAAGACCAGUACAGUGGAUCUCCCUAUUGAAAAUCAGCUGCUGUGGCAAAUAGGAAGAGAUAUGCUAAAUUUGUAUAUUGAAAAUGAGGGCAAAAUGAUUAUGCAGGAUAAACUGGAGAAAGAACGGAAUGAUGCCAAGAAUGCAGUGGAAGAGUAUGUAUAUGAAAUGAGAGAUAAACUCAGUGGUGUAUAUGAGAAGUUUGUUAGUGAAGAUGAUCGUAACAGUUUCACUUUGAAACUGGAAGAUACUGAAAACUGGUUGUAUGAAGAUGGAGAAGACCAGCCCAAGCAAGUGUAUAUUGAUAAACUAACAGAACUGAAAAAUCUGGGUCAGCCUAUUAAGGCACGGUUCCAGGAGUCUGAAGAAAGACCAAAAGUAUUUGAAGAACUAGGGAAACAGAUCCAGCUGUAUAUGAAAAUAAUCAGUUCUUUCAAAAACAAGGAAGAACAAUAUGAACACCUGGAUGAAGCGGAUGUGUUGAAAGUGGAGAAGAGCACAAAUGAGGCUAUGGAAUGGAUGAACAACAAAUUAAAUCUACAAAACAAGCAAAGUCUUACUGUGGACCCAAUCAUAAAGACCAAGGAUGUGGAAGCUAAAAUAAAAGAGUUGGCAAGUCUUUGCAAUCCUAUCGUUACCAGACCCAAACCUAAAGUGGAACUCCCAAAAGAGGAGAAAAAUGCCGAACAAAAUGGACCAGUAGAAGGAAAUGGAGAGAAUGGUCAAGAGGCCCAGGCAGCCGAGCAGAAAGCCAACUCGACCGCUCCUGCAGAUUCAGAAAAGAAACUUCCCGAGAUGGACAUUGAUUGAUUCCAGCACUUGUUUAUAUUAAAACAGACUAUAAUAAAGCUUUAAGUUGUCAACUUAUUCUAAUUCUGAACUAGAGCAAAUGAAUAUUACAAAUUUCUUAUAGUAAUUUUUUAGGGAUUUUGGGGGGUGCAGUUCAAUGUGUCAAGCAGUUUGACUUCUAAAUAGCUUACUUACACAAUCGUGUGCAUUGUAUCUCUUCUGAUGGUUGUACUUUGGAACCCACUGCUUACUGGAUUUACGGAAGCAGCGUAGUUGUUUCGGCCCAAUUAAAAUCUGGAGCAACAUAGAUGAGUUUGUUUUGGGAAAGUGACCGGUCAAAACAAGCUAAAUAACCACCUUUAAGGAUCCUCUAGGGUAAAAGUUGCGGUAAUUCUUCAGAAUCUGCUGUGGCAGAAGCUGACAAGCUGUGGUUAUUUAAUAUUUUUUCUCCGUCUCUCUCCCCUUUCGGCAAAAUCACCAGACCUUCGUUUCGUGUUUGUUUGCUCUAUAGAGACGAUCUUAACUGAUUCAGCCACAGCAGAUGGCAUUUUACUCCACUUGCUUGGACGGUAGAGCAGCAGAGGCCGUGUCCCUCUACGGAGGGAAUGGCGUCCCGUGGGUUUUCAGACCUACCGAGUGCCAAGCUGAACCAAUACACUCCACCGGUCUAAACCCAUUUCAGUAUCUGAUGUACAAACCAAUAGUUAAUGUCCGUCCGUCUGAAACUAGUAGCGUAGAAUCUUGAUCAACUUGUGUGAAUUGUAAAUUUUUGUCCCUGCUGACUUAAGUUUUAGUUUGAGAACUUAAACUGUUAGCGGCUUGCUCCGACUUGCUGGGGGGAGGGACGUUAUCCUAUCUGUAAAGUCUGCUGGGAAGUGCCGCUCAGUGUCUGAAAAGGUGAAGUGAUGGAAGUCACGUUGCACUGCGAGACUUGCCAGUUCUCGUGAGCUCACGCGCCCGGUGACUUCAUAGAAGAUUAACUGACAAACCUGAAAAAUGCUUCCGUUGGAUGUUAGAAAUGGAACACCCUUACAGGCUGUACAGGAAAUAAAUGCACUGGAUUGUACUGGAUGAUCUUUAAAUUAAUGAAAGGAAUUUGCCACCCCUCUGGACGGGGCCUGACUUUGAUGUUGUCAUCGUUAAGGCGCUGACUUGCUGCUUUUGUUGUGCGUUCUUUCUGGAAGAUAUUCAUUAAAUUCAGUAGCAAAAGUA